AAUAGUUUUUUAAAAUUCCAAAGCCUUAUAUUCAUGAAACUAAAAUAUUUCUAAAUUUUAAAUAUUCUUUUAGCUUCUCCCAACCAUGCCAAUCGUUCCGGUACAAAAAUUCAACUCGCUGAGAACCAAUCCUCUUCAGGGAUUUGAGUAUCUAUUGGUUCCCUUGCAUUAUAGUUUGGAUGUGACCACAACCAUGAUUGCAGCGAUUGGUAAUCUCUUCUACCGCUUGGUCUCUCCACUCUUUAUAAGACCCCUUCAAACAUAAGGCAACUUAAAUAACUCUUUAUUUUUUCCUAGACUUUGUUGAAAAUAAAACCACCGUCCAUCGAGGAAGCCUUAGUAAGUAGAGGUUAAAGAAGCCAGACCUGGACACCAAAAGGAAUUCGAUGCCGGGAACGACGGACACGACAUCCAGCGAGGCAGCAGAUGAAGAAGAUGUUAACCCGAGCGGGUUAGACAAGGGACCAUGACCAGGACCAGUCUGGGAGCUAUGGCUUAAGCAUGGGAAUCGAAGGACGGUAAGGGGGCAGCAUCAAGCAGCAGCAGCAUAAACAAAACGACCAUCAGAGCUGGAGGAACGGAAGAACAAAGCACUGGAAAAAAAUAAAAAGGCUUGUAUUUAUUUGCUUUAUUUUAAUAAACUAAAUUGUAAGUUGUAUUUAA